AUGGCUCAGUUACCACCUUCAAGAGUAACUCCUUCUAGAGUAUUUUCCAAGACUGGUCUGGAUUAUGCAGGUCCAUUUUUUGUGAAACCGCGAUCUGGACGUGGAGUUAGAUCAGUUAAAAUGUACAUUUGUAUAUUUGUGUGUUUCGCGACAAAGGCGGUGCACAUCGAAGUUGUUGGAAAUUUAACCGCUGAAUCAUUUAUUGCAGCUCUAAAAAGAUUUGUUGCGCGAAGAGGAAAACCAAAUGAAUUAUUUUCAGACUGUGGUUCAAAUUUUGUUGCUGCAAAUAAGGAAAUUAAUCGAGUAGUUAAAUCUCUUCAAAAAGAAGAAUCCAUCCAUCAGUAUUUUGCAGAUGAGCAAAUUAAAUGGCACUUUAACCCACCUUCAGCUCCUCGCUUUGGAGGAAUUUGGGAAGCUGCUGUUAAAUCCGCAAAAUCGCAUUUGAAAAGAACAAUAGGUGAUCAUAAAUUGACCCUUGAAGAGUUUUUAACUCUUAUUGCACAAAUUGAAUCCUGCCUGAACUUUCGUCCUUUGUGUCCUGUGUCGGACGAUCCCGCUGAACUUUCAGCACUUACCCCAGGACAUUUCCUUGUGGGAACCGCUCUUUCUUUUAUACCAGAAGAGAACCUUCUAAACGAAAACAUACCCCCAUUAAAACGUUGGCAGUUGACUCAAAAACUUUUCCAGAAUUUUUGGAAAAGAUGGGUUAACGAGUAUAUUUCCAGCUUACAGUAG